AUGGCCCGGCCUCGCUCGGCCCGGAACCGAGCGUGGGGCCCCGACCCACCGCUGGGGGAGCAGCUGGCGGCCGCGGGGGCGCAGUUCGGCUGGAGGAACCUGAGCUGCUCCGCCUGCCGCGUCCUUUUCUCCGCCAUCGACCUGGGCGUGCAGAUGCAGACGAGCGAGGCGCACAUCGAGCGCCUGGCGGUGAGCGUGUGCACGGAGCUGCGGCUGGCGCGGCGGGAGAUCUGCCAGGACGCCGUCCGGCUCUUUGAGAAGGACAUGGUGUCGGCCUGGGUACGGUCGGUUCUGCGCCCUGCCGAGAUCUGCGGGCUGCUGGUGGGCGCCCGCUGUGGGCACUGGGACAUCCUCUCCGACUGGAACGUGACGCUGCCUGGCACACCCAAGCCCCCGCUUGUGCCACCCGCGCCCCCCCCACCUGGUGCCCCCAGUGCCCGCCUGCUCUUCCUCACCGACCUGCACUGGGACCAGGCCUACGCGCCGGGCAGUGACCCGGCCUGCAAGGACCCACUGUGCUGCCGGGGGGGGCGGGCGCAGGGCCCCCCCCACGCAGGCGCCGGCUACUGGGGCGAGUACAGCAAGUGCGACCUGCCACUGCACACCAUCAGGAACCUGCUGCAGCACCUGGCACGCGGCCCCCCCUUCCAGCUGGCCUACUGGACGGGCGACCUGCCUGCCCAUGACGUGUGGCAGCAGAGCCGCGCCGACCAGCUCCGGGCCCUGCGCACCCUCAGCACCCUGCUGCGCAAGUACCUGGCGCCCCUGCCCGUCUACCCGGCCGUGGGCAACCACGAGGCCACGCCGGUCAACGGCUUCCCCCCGCCCUACGUCCAUGGCAACCAGUCCUCAGCCUGGCUCUACGGUGCCAUGGCUGAGGCCUGGGAGGGCUGGCUGCCCCCCGAGGCGCUGGAGACUCUCAGGUGUCCUGGGGGUUGGGUGGGGGUCCCUGUCUGCCGUUCCUGCUCACGCUCACUGCCGCCCCAGGUGCACAUCAUCGGGCACAUCCCCCCCGCCCACUGUCUGAGGAGCUGGAGCUGGAACUAUUACCGCAUCGUUAACAGGUUCGAGGGCACCAUCGCCGCGCAGUUCUUUGGGCACACGCACGUGGAUGAGUUUGAGAUGUUCUACGACGAGGAGACGCUCUCGCGCCCCGUCUCCGUGGCCUUCGUGGCCCCCAGCGUCACCACCUACAUCAACCUGAACCCCGGCUACCGUGUCUACCAGCUGGACGGCGACUACCCUGGCAGCUCCCACAUGGUCCUGGAUCACGAGACCUUCAUCCUGAACCUGACGGAGGCCAACGCGCCGGGGGCCGAGCCACGCUGGCAGCGGCUGUACCGGGCCCGCCAGGCCUAUGGGCUGCCCAGCGUCUUCCCGGCCGACUGGGACGGGCUCCUGCGGCGCUUCCAGGCCGACGAGCGGCUCUUCCAGCAAUUCUGGUUCUUCUUCCACAAGGGCCACCCGCCCCGGGAGCCCUGCCGUGAGGCCUGCAAGGCAGCUCUGCUCUGCGCCCUCCGCUCCGGCCGCUCCGCCGACCCCAGCCUCUGCCGCACCCUGCGCCCCCGUCUGCCCUUCGCCCACGUCCAGGCCCUGUGGCGCCAGCGGCGGCUGUGCUGAGCCAGGCCAGGAUGGCAAAUGCUGCUGGAAAUGAACAAAAAGAACGCUGGGAACACGAUCACUUCUUUGCAUUUCUCAGAUC